UCGGUGCAGAUCAGGUUUUCUUUUCCAACCCCAGGCUACAAGACACACAACCUGUUCUCACUUGCUAGCGGUGGUGUUCUCUGGAUAAUAAUCACAGUGCUCAGACAAGUGUAAGCAUCUGAGACCGGAGCACAGAUUUGUCCACCGGAAUACAGCUUGUGAAGAUGGCGCAGUACACGUUGGAAGUGACCACAGGGGACUUGCAGUACUCUGGAACCUGGGACCAUGUGUACGUCACGCUGAUCGGAGAUAAAGGGGAGAGUGCACGGACCGAGCUGGACAACUACGGACCAGAUUUCAGCGCAGGGACAAGGUGUAAUCUAAGCCACGCCUGGGAACCCCGUGAUACGGUCCUGCAGACCGGGCAAUACGUGGUUCAGACUCCGAAGUCUCUGGGGAAGCUCCUGCUGCUGAAGGUGGAGAAGGAGGCUUACUUCCUUUUUCCUGAGGACGAGUGGUACUGCUCCAAAGUGGUAGUCAAGACUCCAGAGGGGGAUUCCCUCCUUUUCCCCUGUUACAACUGGAUGUCACGGCAGAAAACUCUGGAGCUCCGGGGAGGAAAUGCCGUGAAGGUCUUCGAGGAGGACAACCCUCUCCUGAAGGAGCACAGGAAAAAUGAGUUGGAGCGAAAGAAGAAGUUGUUUGAGUGGAGAGUGACUGAUGACGGAGUCCCUCACUACAGCCCUCUAGAGGUACUCGAACUUCCUUCUGAAAUCCGAUUUACUUCUCUUAAAUCAUCUGAAAUAAGCCACACGAGAAUGCUGACUGGCUUUGAGCUCAAGAUCAAGGGGCUGCUGGAGUCUCAGUCCAGAUGGGAGAGCAUUGAGGACAUGAAAAAGAUCUUCUGGUACAAGAAGACGCCGUUGUCAGAGUACGUGGCUGAGCACUGGAACGACGACGAGUUCUUUGGGUACCAGUUCCUGAAUGCAGUCAACCCCAUGGUCAUCAAACAGUGCCAGAAGCUUCCUCGCAACUUCCGCGUCACAGAGGACAUGGUGAAGCCAUUUCUACAAGAAGGCAGCUCUCUGCAGAAGGAGCUGGAGAAAGGAAACAUAUUUAUCGUUGACCACAAGCGGAUGGAGGGAAUAGCCACCAGAGUUCAUAAUGGACAAGACCUGCAUGUGGCUGACGGAUUCUGUUUGUUCUACUUGAACCCUGAUAAAAAGCUGAAGCCUAUAGCCAUACAGUUGUAUCAGCAGCCCUCGAAGAGGAACCCCGUCUUCCUGCCCAGCGAUUCGGAAACAGACUGGAGUCUUGCCAAGAUGUUCAUUAAAAGCGCAGAUGCAAUGGAUCACCAGAUCGUUCAUCACCUCAUGAACACCCACUACAUGGCCGAAGUCUACGCCAUCUCCACCCUUCGGAACCUGCCGGUGAUUCACCCUCUAUACAAGCUUCUGAUACCACAUUUUCGGGGAACUCUUCAUGUGAACUCAGGCGGCCGUAAAGCCCUCCUCGGACCAGGUGGACCCCUCACAAUCACCUCCCUCGGCUUUGAAGGCCUGAUAGAGCUCAUGAAGAGGUCUCAAGCUGAAAAGACCUACAGCUCCAUGUGUCUGCCGGAAAACAUUCGGGCGCGAGGACUGGAAUCCAUCCCAAACUUUUACUACAGAGACGAUGGCCUGAGGCUGUGGGACAUCAUCAACAGUUUUGUGAAGGCAGUGAUCGAGCACUUCUACACCUCAGCUGAUGUCCAAAAGGACUCCGAGCUCCAGGACUGGAUCCAUGAGAUAUUCGUCCAUGGCUUUUUGUCAAGAGAGUCCUCAGGAAUUCCCAGCCGCUUCCACUCAGUCGAAGAACUGACCCGGUUCGUCACCAUGGUGGUGUUCAAUGCGUCUGUUCAACAUGUUGCUGUCAACGGAGGCCAGUUCGACUACCUGACCUUCAUCCCCAAUGGCUCACUCCUGCUGCACCAGCCCCCUCCGACCAGUAAAGGGCAGUCCACCUUGGAGAGCGUGUUGGAGACGCUCCCAAACAUUGGCGAGACGGUCAAAUUCGCAGCAAUGCUGAGGCUACUCUCGGAAAAAUACAGCGAUUUCGUGCCUCUGGGAAAGUAUCCUGAGGAACGUUUCAACGAGCCCGCCGUGAAGAAGAUGAUGGAGGAGUUCCAAGAGAAGUUGUCUGAAUUCAGUGAAUUCGUGGAGUCGAGGAACAAGCAGCUUGAGGUCCCGUACACGUAUCUGAAUCCCAUCAAUAUAGAGAACAGCACCACGAUUUAGGUGCCCCAAAAACAACAUCCAAUCCUCGGUCUGACCUGAGAAUAUAGAGAAGAGUGCUGUGGUUUUAAUGAGAAAAAAUGCUUUGGUAUAUGACUUUUUUUUCCACGUUUUUUGGGGGGGAAUGACAUCAUGAGUAAUCAGCAUUCUCACAAAUUCAACUUUCAUGAUCUCAAACUGUAGUGUGUGUUUUAUUAAAGAUGUUAUUUAAGCUGUGUGCAGCCACAUCUGGGUCGAUAAGGAUGUUGUGUUCAGACGGGAAA